UGGCAGGGAAAGUUGGUGUUUGAGAAUCUCUUCCACAAAUUUGUAUGCUAGCUGCCAACAGCAAACAAAUAUUUCUAUACUCAGUCGAUCCACUCCAUCCUCUGUGCGAUUUAUCAUUUAUUGCACCUGAUGCAUCUCAAUUCUCAGCUGGACCACCCUCAUCGUUCACUGACUACCAAAUGGUAGAUUUUGGUAGCUCAUGAAUGAUUUGCUCACACUAGAGUUAAUCUGUUCCAGAAGAGGAUGUGCCUUUUUUAUGUGCUUUGUUUCCUAUGUCUCAUGUAAUGGCUUAAUUUGGGAGAAUGAAGAAACGGUCCGAACAAGAAAGAUUAAUUGAAUUCUUAGUACCUAAGGAAGCCCUGUUUUCAGGACUCGAUAAGGUUUCCUCUGAGCAAUCUCACAGCGGCAUUACAACGAACAGCUAAAUAGCAAUCGCUAGUCCUUUCUUGCGUGCACGACGACAUCAAGCGGCGCAGUAGGCGACGGAUACGCACCGGCCGGCAGCAUGAUCGGGAUCGCCACCCUCUUCGUUUUCUUGGUGUUCGUUCAAUAACGUGUCGUGUCAAUGGAGCUCAAAAUCGUAUAAUCACGAGGCAGAUUGUAAGAGAGCUGACCAUGUCCCUUCAAACCAAGUUUAGGAAAUCCAAAGAAAAGAAAGGCGAAGACCAAAUCCAGGAGCAACCACCACCGCUCCAGCCGCCGCCGCCGGUUGCUCCGCCAUCUUCCUCGUCGUCCCAGCAAGCCAUAUCUCAAGCGCUAGCGACCACCGCCCACCUGGCCAACCUCCUGCCCACCGGCACUCUGCUCGCCUUCCAGCUCCUCGUGCCGGUCUUCACCAACAACGGCGCCUGCGAUGCCGUCACCGUCCUCCUGACGCGCGGGCUGCUGCUGCUCCUCGCCGCCUCCUGCUUCCUCGCCAGCUUCACCGACAGCUUUCGGGCGACCGACGGCCAGCUCUACUAUGGCUUCGCGACGCGCCGUGGUAUGUGGCUCUUCAACUACGUGGACGAGGGCGGCGCGGGGACUCUGCCGGACUUGACCAAGUACAGGCGGCGGACCAGGGACUGGGUGCACGCGGCGCUGUCUGUGCUGGUGUUCGCGGUGGUGGCGCUGCGGGACCGGAACGUCGUCAGUUGCUUCUACCCGCGGCCGAGCAGGGAGGUUCAGGAGGCGUUGGACAUAGUGCCGCUGGGCGUCGGCGUGCUUUGCAGCUUGCUCUUCGUGGUGUUUCCGACGAGUAGGCACGGCAUCGGUUACCCUAUCACCUCCGGCAACUGAUUCAUUCCUGAAUCUCUUCUUAAUUGUUGAUGUUCUUAAAUUGUUAGAAAUCUUGUAAUAUGAUAAAAAUCGAUCAAAUUCACUUUGGUUGAUUGAGAAAUUUUAAAAAUAAAUGA